GGGCCUGGGCCUUUUGAGGGUGUCAGGUUGGAAUAGAAGGCCGACAAUUGACUUUUGAGGCGUCGCGCUCAGGAAACGGAGGGGCGGACAACACCCUAUCUUCAGGCGCCAUGGCAACGGAGCUGGACAGUCGGUUCUUCGCGGACAACCUGCUGAGCAGCGAGGAUUGGGAUGCCUGCCUGUAUAACUGUGAAACAAUGGAGGAGAUGGAUGAUAUCUUUCGCUGCUUUGACAACGCCACAGAGUUGGAUCUGGAUUUGAAUAUGGAAAUCGGGAUACCAUAUUCCCCUCGGAACCCAAUCCACGAUGACAGCUGUACAGAUCUGCAAGUGAAAUUGGAACCGCUGUCUCCCGCCUCUUCUCGCUGUUCAGAUUCCUCACUCUCCUCCUCUUCUGACAUUCCCCUAAUACCACAGGUUCAUCAGAGCCUAAACACAGAGACCACGCUGCCGGUGGUGAAAACCGAGGACCCUCCUACGCCACCAUGUACCUUCGGGGAUGUCCUCAACCCACCUCUGAACGGCAUCGAGUUCAAUGUGGUGAAGAUUGAGAAUGGGACGUCGCCAGUGAAGCAAGGGACAGAAAAACAAACCACUGCAAGUAUCAAGGCCAACAACAUCCUGUGCAGCAAGCCCACCAUCCAGCCCAAACCAGUUGUCGUGACAACACUGCCCGGCGCACCAAGCACCAGCCCGGCGAAGACGAUCAUUCUGCAGUCGGUGCAGACCAGUCUCCCUGUGUCUCAGCCUCAGAGCGUGCCCAUAAAGCCACCCAUUCCAGCAGUGUCACGGCAGUCAAUGGUGCUCUCCCAGUCGGACCUGGUGAGAAUCCCAGUGCAGGGACUAAUCAAGGUCCCAGCAGCGAAUGGGACCAUCAAUGGGAUUUCUACCAGCUGCAAGCGGCCCACCGCUGUUGCCAAUGGGAUUGGCAUCAACAAGUCUGCCACCAAACCAAUCAUCCCUGCGCCAACACAUACUGGAAGCAGCUCCUCGGAGAUUGAUAUAAAGCUGCUGAAACGUCAGCAGCGGAUGAUCAAGAACCGGGAGUCGGCCUUCCAGUCUCGCAAGAAGAAGAAGGAGUACCUGCAGGGUCUGGAGAGCAAGCUGCGCGAGGCACUCAGUGAGAACGAGAAGCUCAAGCGGGAGAACACGCUGCUGAAGAAGAAACUGGACAGCAUUGUUUCAGAGAAUACUGAACUGAAGCUGGGAUCGGGUAAUCGGAAAGCAGCCUGUGUGAUGGCCUUCCUGCUCUUCGUCGCGUUCACCUUUGGACCAGCCAGUAUCACAGAGAAGGCCGACCUCGUCCACAAGCAGCAAGAUGAUACCUAUGUGCGGCGACACCUGCUUACUUUCAAAGAGGAGCAGGCCACCGAGAGUCUGGCACAGCAGGCAACAAAGGAUUAUAGGCAGCAGGACAAAUUCAGCAACAUCACCAUGGCCUACUCCGACGUCAAGGAUCUGGUACUUCGUGACAUCGACCACAUCCUCUUCCCCACUUCCGACUGUCGUCAGUUCAACAAAACAGAGUCGCUUCGAUUGGCCGAUGAGCUUCGAGGCUGGAUUCACCGGCACCAGAUUGACAGGACAAAGUCCAAUGAGAAGCCAAAACGUCAGAAGAAAUUUAAACAGGGCACGCGGUCGCAGCAGCGGAGAAUCAACCUGCCACGCUUUAUUCCAGCGCAGCCUGCCGACACAGACACCAGGUUGACCUCCAGUCAGCUGCAGGUGUACCAGAGCCCAGAGCAGAGUUACUACGAUUUCAUGGACGCUAUCGACAGGAGGGAAGACACCUUCUACGUGGUUUCUUUCCGAAGGGACCAUCUGCUGUUGCCUGCCAUCAGUCACAACAAGACCAACCGGCCAAAGAUGUCCCUGGUCAUGCCAGCUAUGCCAGUCAAUGAGAGCCUGUACAACACGACGCAGGGUUACGAGGUGAUGAUGCAGAUCGACUGUGAGGUGAUGGACACCAAGAUCAUCCAGAUUAAGAGCUCCUCUGUGCCGCCCUCCCUCCGCCAGCCCCAGGACAACAGGACCAGCUCCUUCCACUCCCACAGCGGAGCCGGCAGGCCACCCAACCCAGGCGGGCUUCAGCCGCGUCCGCAGACGGUCACCGCGCCCAGCAGCAAGGACCCCCUCUUCCUUUCCACAGAAGGCGAAGUGUAGCGGUGGAAGCCUCUGACUCUCCUUGAAACAAACUUAUUCGGGGUGGUGGGGGUGGGGGCCUGAGGUUUUCUCUUCGUUGUUUUCUCCGCACCUUCUUCCCUUACAGCCCCCGGCAACUCUGCUUUCCGCCGCCUUUUACGGGCAAUAGUGGGUGCUGGGUGGAUAGGAUUGUGUUUGGAGGCUACAAAGGGAAAGGCCUCCCAGCACCUUCUGGUGUUGGGGCCUCACGCUUCUGAACUGUGGCCAGCAGUGCCGCCUUGCCACCCGGAAGGCUGGUCCUUGUAUGAACCCUGGGGGGGGGGGGGUUGAGGUGGGGUGGGGCAGGACGACAAACAUUCCAUCGACUUUGCACUAAUUUCAGCUAAUUCCAUCGGCAUUUGACUGUGAAGAAGUUCUGCUUGGAGAGAAGCAAUUUCAGGGAGAGAAAGCCCAGCACUGUUUUAUUGGACGUGAGGGAAUUGACAGCUGGGGAAAGUUGUCAUCCUGCCCCAUCACAUGUAUUCAGUUCUGUGCACUGUACAGCGGUUGUGACCACGUUGGUGUGGUCAUCUGGAGCGUACGUUGUAUUCACAGGGUUGGGUUUCGGUUCACAGGGUUACAGAGUGGAACAGAAAUACCAGUGCAGUCCCAGCACCCACACGCUUUGUAGAAUUCCAAAGUACUGCGAAGGUGACGGCUGGAAUCGUCACUUCUACACUUGCAAAGAUUCCAAGUUAUGACACGGGCCCAGCUGAUCCGGCACAGGAGAACUGGACAGGUUUACUGAGCUGAUCUGCACAGCAGGAAGUCUGGUCAAAUUACAGUGGAUUCCAAUUCAUUGGGACACAUCAGGACCAAGUACAUUUUGUCCCAUUAAGCAGCUGCCCCUAUUAACUGAUGUUUCAUGGAAAUAGUUAAAAAGACGAACUACAGUUUAUCUGAGUAACAAAUUGUGUAUUUAAAUGAAAUACAGAACAAAUCAGAACACUAUCAAUAGCACUACAGUACUUAAAAAAAACUGUAUUAGUUCCUAAUAGUUAUCGACAGAGGAAUUCAUCCAGUGUACACAGCCGUGUUCUUUUUAUUAAGUGUAAAUGUACAAAAUCAGCACAGACACCUGGUUCAGAUAAUGGGCUGCCUUCAUAUAAUGCUUUCGAUCAAUGCAUCCUCCAAAUCUUCAUUUUCAUUGUUGAUGCCUUCAAAUUCUUCAUAGUUCCUAACUUGUUGAAGUAGUGAAAUUGUUUCAUUUUCAUGCCAUGACUUUUCUGGCAUCUCCAAGCCUGAAAGCUUGAAACCACAGUGAGCAAGACUGUUCAGUGACAGUCUCCUGCCCCCGUUUAGUGGCCUGGUGUCCCAAAUAAUUUGUCAGAGCGUGAAAGGUUAUGGAGAGAAGGCAAGAGAUUGGGGUUGAGAGAGAAAUGGUUUAGCGGUGAUGAAAUGGCAGAGCAGACUCGAUGGGCUGAAUGGCCUAAUUCUGCUCCUAUGUCUUAUGGUCAAAUAAACGUGGGGAAAAGCGGGCUAUUUUCUUGAUUAGUUUUUGUUCUUUAAGAGUUGUCCCAAAUAAUUGGCUGCCCUGAUUAACAAAUGGCCCAAUUAACUGGAAUCCACUGUAUUCAAUUUCAUUAAAUAUAUCCUGUCCAGGCACAGUCAACAAGUUCAUAUUGGUCCCAGUUUAAUUGUCUUGAAAUACUUACUCACUUUAGAGGAGUUGUUCAUAAAAACCUAUUGAAGUGUGUUUGCAGUUUUGUGACUAUGGAGCAGAGGAUAGAGGUUUCACUGUCGACAUGCUCGACUUUUAUCAUGUAGACCUGCUCAUUGGGGGGUGUGUGUGUGCGUGCGUGCAUUAUCUUUUGUACAGCUCAUGUUGUAUUUUAAUAUUAUGUUUUUGUCUUUUAAUUUCGAAUCAAGAGUUCCUGACUGCAGUGCUAAGUUUGGGGCAAAGCCUUCUCUACAAUAAGGUCACUAGGCUGAAAAUUGGACCUGUUCCAUAGGGCUAUUGUCAAAAUUGCUGGCACAGCCCAGCUCUAAAAGACAAAGAAGGGAGAAAGACGAGCAGCUGUGUCCUUCCAAAGUGUAGAAUCGCUGCCAAGUUGCAAUUUCACUCGAGUUGUCAGUGAGCAGGGUGAAUGUGUAACAAAAACGCCAACUUGUUAAUCAGCCUUGCUGUCUCUCUGUAUAUAUGCUGAAAUUUGUGAUUUUUUAAAAUUGUGUAAUUUAUUAUUUAACCAUGUGUCUUUGUGCAGUGUUCAGGCUUGGUUUUGCAGAGUUGAAGGACAGUCUGACCUAGAGAUGUGCCAAGUCCCUCUGCCCACGUUUAGCCCUUCCACUUCAAGUUCAGGUUUAUCGUCAUCUGACUCUACGGACGAUAUAUACAACCAAAUGGAACGAUGUUACUGUUCAGUAGUGUUUUGUAGUCAUAGAAAAGACCAACAGGACAAGAAAUUGGUUGGAGCCAGAGUGGCUGCUGGGUCCAUGUGGGUUACCAUCUUGUCCUCAGUAGGAAUCUCCCCUGCCCUCACCAUCUGUACUGCGCAUAACCUUUCUUACCCCCCCCCUUCCCACAGACCACAGCCACCUCCUCCCCACCACACCCCUCCCUCUUAGAUUCCUCUUGGCUGGCAGCAGACAGAAGUCAUUUACCACCUGAGCCCAUUCACUCAUCCAGCUACGUUACAUCUGGAGUAACAAGGAGCUGGAGGAACUCUAUGGAGAUGAGUAAACAGUCGACGUUUCAUGCCGAGAUCCGUCAUCAGGAUUGGAUCGGACUGGCUUCUGCCACCUUCCUUUCCAGUCCUGAUGAACGGAGGGUCUGAGCCCGAAACAUCGACCGUUUAUUCCUCUCCAUAGAUGCUGCCUGACCUGCCGAGUUCCUCCAACAUUUUGUGUCUUUAUCUAAUUUCUGUAACCAAGACAAUCUUGUUUUUCUUUUAAGUAUUCAGUGCUAUUUGGAGUUUAAUCUACAGAAAGUCCAACGCUUGUCCUACCUGGGUGACUGGAGAUGUUGGGGCCUGUUCUCCUUUGAAUGAGCGAAAUAGAGGAUUGGGACACUCCAAAUAAGGGGUACUACUGAGGAGAGGCCCUUCUUAACUCAGGCAAUAAAUCUUUAGCAUUCUCUCUACCCCAGAGAGGCAACGUCUAACACUGAUGUUAAUAGGUAGCUGAACUCAGAGUUGAAAGAUUGGGGUAUCUAGCAGGAAGUGGAGGCACAGCAUCAGUUGUAACCUCAUUACUAAUACCACAAGACGUAGGAACAAAUUAGGCCAUUCAGCCCAUUGAGUCUGCUCUACCACUCCAUCAUGGCUGAUAUAUUAUCUCUGUCAACUCCAUUCUCCCGCCUUCUCCCAGUACCUGACUACGAACCUAUCCACCUCUGCUUUAAAUAUACCCAGCAACUUGGCCUCCACAGCUGUCUACAGCAAUGAAUUCCACAACCCUAUGGCAAAAGAAAUUCCUCCUCAUCUCUGUUCUAAAUGGACACCCCUCUGUUCUGAGGCUGUGCCCUGUGCUCCACAUCCACUCUAUCGAGGCCAUAGAAACCAUAGAAACUACAGCACAGAAACAGGCCUUUUGGCUCUUGGCUGUGCCGAACCAUUUUCUGCCUAGUCCCACUGACCUGCACAUGGACCAUAUCCCUCCAUACACCUCCCAUCUAUGUAUCUGUCCAAUUUAUUCUUAAAUGUUAAAAAAGAACCUGCAUUUACCACCUUGUCUGGCAGCUCAUUCCAUACUCCCACCACUCUCUGUGUGAAGAAGCCCCCACUAAUGUUCCUUUUAAACUAUUCCCCCCUCACCCUUAACCCAAGUCCUCUGGUUUUUUUCUCCCCUUGCCUCAGUGGAAAAAGCCUGCUUGCAUUCACUCUAUCUAUACCCAUCAUAAUUUUAUAUACCUCUAUCAAAUCUCCCCUCAUUCUUCUACGCUCCAGGGAAUAGAGUCCUAAUUAUUCUGUAACUGAGUUUCUCAAGUCCCGGCAACAUCCUUGUAAACUUUCUCUGCACUCUUUCAACCUUAUUUAUAUCUUUCCUGUAAUUUGGUGACCAAAACUGAACACAAUACUCCAGAUUCGGCCUCACCAAUGCCUUAUAUAACCUUAUCAUAACAUUCCAGCUCUUAUACUCAAUACUUUGAUUAAUAAAGGCCAAUGUACCAAAAGGCCGUUCAGUAUUUACAUGGCAGAGCAGGCUCGGGGGGCCAAAUGACCACUGCCUGCCCCUUGGGUUUUCCAGGUCCCAGGGCCGUGUCAUGGUGUGGUGAUCCUUCUCCCUGUCUUCAGUAGGUAGCUCGGUGAGAAGAAAACAGAGGCCCCUCAGUGUAACAACCGAGGGAGGUGGAUCAAAGUCCAUCACGGUGCCUUUCGGACUGUUUGUAGUAGUAGUAGUCAUACUUUAUUGAUCCCGGGGAAUGACCCACCCUGUGAAAGUCUAACCAAACUCUGCUGAGCAAUGUCGGGGCUCUCUCUGAUGACUGGAUGUUCGAGUAGGAAUGACCACAGAUCUCCACAAUCACAUCCACCCUUUCUCUGACAUGAGUCUAAUCCAGGCUUGUUCCUGACAUGUCUGUUGCUGAAUGAAAGAGCAGAGUAAAUGACUCAACUGUAGCCCUUGAGCUAACUUUGAAGAAAUGCUAUCAAUGCACUUAAAACAUAGAACAUUACAGGCCCUUCAGCCCGCAAUAUUCUGCUGUUCUUUUUCCCCCUGGCAUGGCCCUCCAUUUCUCUAUCAUCCAUGUGCCUUUCUAAGAAUCUCUGAAAUGUCCCGAAUGUAUCUGUACCACCACCCCAGCAGGCUGUUCCAUGUAAAGAACGCACCCCUGACAUCCCCUCCCCGCCCAGUACUUUCCUCCAGUCACCUGAAAAUCAUACCCCCCCCCCGGGCAUAUUAGCCAUUUCUGCCCUGGGAAAGUUGUAG